AUGUCGACAUCUUUGCUCCUUAGAAAACGCCAACGGCUCUCAGACGACAAGCUAGCCAAUGAAUCCGCCGUGUCUGGCGAUGACGAGCUCGCCGAGGAGUCCGGGUCAGACGACUUUGCCAGUGCAUCAGACGAGAAUUCCGAUGAUAUUCAAAAUCUCAAGCCACAGAAAUCUCGUCAAACAAAGAAAAGGAAAAUCAGAGCGACCGCAUCCUCAACGUUCGGGUCUGCUUUGCAGUCACUGCUGGGCACUGAUGCCCCGUCAGCUCUUCCUUUGUCACUAAAGCCAUCUGUCGCAAGAAAACGAAAUGAUGAAAAGUUGGAGUCUAAGGCGAAGAAAGUUCUACAGGUGGAAAAAAAGGAGAAGGAGGAUAAAGGAAGGAUCAAAGAUAUCUAUGGUGGCUGGGGUGCUGAAAGCGAGCGCGCCUUACGCAAAGUUGCUCAGCGAGGUGUCGUCAAAUUGUUUAAUGUCAUACAACUAGCUCAGGCAGACGCAACCAAUGUCCAACAAGAGAAAAAAGCUGCACGAGGAAGCGGCAAACCAUCCUUACCUGCGCCGGCUGCCGACAAGUCAAAAAAAUCAAAUGGUAAAAACCGAGACAAUAUCAUCGGGAGAGGGAAAGAAGCCACAGUUGAAAAGGACGAUUUCUUCGACAUGAUCAGAUCUGGCGGCCUUGUGUCCAAGGAAUAGUGGUUUUACCGAUGCGUCUGUUUGCGUAUACAUGAUGAAUCCGUUUCUGACCAAUGAAGUAUAUAUUUAGUGGUCAAUUGCUGUCGCUAGUGGCAGCUGGUGGUAACCAUUCCUUCGGGAAAUCGUAGAUAGUAGGUCGGGAAUAGAUACGGCCUCGUAGAUGCUCUCCAUUUUUGGCCUUGCGGGCCCUAGCGAAUAUAUGUCGGAGGUCAAGGGGUACAUCGUCGAGUUUGCUCUUUCCU